AUGAAAACUCACGCACUCUUAAUCUUGAGUUUUUUAAUUAUCAGUUCAGCUAUAAAAGCAGCUUCUCAGCGCACAAUAGAAAGCAAUAUAAGUCCAUCUUUUCAUUCCACAAAUAAUGAAGCCUCAUUUGUAAAGGACCAGCCAAGUAUAUUUUAUAUUAGAUUUUAUUCAAUUAAGCAGUAGGACUUCUGAAGUAGAGAAUGAUAAUUUAUUCUAUAGAAAUAAAUUAGCGAUAGUAGGAGUUUUGACUUUUCUGUCAGUAUUGCUAUGUUUUGGAAUAAUUCAAGCUGCGAAUCGCCUAACUCCCCCCCCAUCCUUGAUCGAAAGACUCGCCAUCGUUCGAUCAAGGAUGGGGUUAAAACAAAAUUUAUAUGUAAAAAAAAUAUAUAUAUAUAUAUUUUUUUUUUACUUUUAAAUAAGAGGGUUAAGAGUAUUUAUAAUAAUUAUUUUUAUAGCAAAAAAUUGAAUUAAUUUCAUAAAAAUACCAAUUUUUUAUAUUUUGAUUUAUUAGUUACCCCUUUAAACUGUAUAAAUUUUAAUUUGGUCCUUAUUAAAAUAAAUUUUUUUUUUUAAAUUUUAAAGAAUCUCUAUUUUAUUUAGAUUAUUGAGUUUUUAACCUAGAGUGAUUACUAAAUCACUUUGAAUGGUUGAUUUCGAAGCUUUCUGUCGUCUCAAAGUUUCUGAAAAAAAAUUCAUUAUGUACAUCUUCCCAAGCUUUUGAUAACUAUUAUAUUUUUAUAUAUAUAAAAAAUUUGCAUGAUAUAAAAAUCGUUCGAUCAAGGAUGGGGGUUAAGUUCCCCAAUUUUUUAGGAAUUUUUUACAGUCAAUCGUUCGAUCAAGGAUGGGGGCGGAGUAAGCAAACGAAAAAAUGCUGAAUAUUUGACAAUGAAGCAAAACUAUAAACAGUAUCAAGGAUUGAUUAAAUUCAGAGAAUUUUACAGAAAUUAUUCGAAGGAAAGCCUUAAAUAA